AUGUCUGCCCUAGCCUUAAGUAUUCCCAAGGGCUUAUGGGUCCUUGUGACCGGCGCUACAGGCUUCGUUGCUGGCCAUGUCAUCAGGCAGCUCCUUCAACGUGGCUACAAAGUCCGCGGUACGGUCCGCGACACCGAGAAAGCCUCGCGGCUUAUUGAUGAUCACUUUAAGUCAUACGCAGAAAAGGGCGACCUUGAACUCGUCGAAGUACCAGACAUGGCGGUUGAUGGCGCUCUUGAUGAAGCAGUCAAGGCAGUCACAGCCGUUGCCCACGUCGCUGCUAGUACUGACUUUGAUCCAAACCCGAACAACAAUGUUCCUCAUGCAGUCGCUGGCGAUGAAUCUAUCCUGAAGAGUACUACAAGGGAGAAUUCAGUCAAGAGGUUCGUCUUCACAAGCUCCAUAAUGGCUGUUGCUUUACCUCUUGCCUCCAAUGACGUCCGUGGCGAUCGUAAUACAUGGAACGACGUCGCCGUUGAAGCUGCUUGGGCGCCACCCCCGUACGAACAAACACACUAG